AUGCCAUCGGUUCCACGUGUUGAUCGCCUCAAACCCAUUUACACAGCCGCAAAAGCUCUGAACUUUGGAUGGCGAUUUUCUGAUUUUCUGAAAAUUCCGGCUUAUAAUGGAAUCUCGCGUUACACCAACCAACUUCAUCGCAUCACUGUCAGGUUUUGCAAACAAAGUGAAUCCAGUGUCGGAGUUCGCAAUUUUAUUGAGAAUCAACUCGUUGAAAUCGGCCGUAAAAACCCAUCAGUUGUGAUCUAUGCCCAGCCUGUGCGAAACUCGAACCCAUCAAUCCGCGCAGAAUAUGGAAAUGGUCGGACUCUACAGAUCAAUGCAAAAAACAUGACACAAGACGAAGUGAGCAAAGAUGUGCAUUUGUUAUUCUCAAGAAGCGGCGAACCAGUUGUGAAGCUAGAGAGUCGUCAAAGUGCAUUGGUUCCUUCUAUUCAAGGUCAAUGGACACCGAUAACAUGGCUUCCAACAGAAAUGAACACGGAACAACUUCCAGCGAAACAGUUCUCAAAGCACAAGUCAACGGCAACGUCGGCGACGGAAUAUAUUCUUCAAAAUCCACCAAAAUAAGCAAUAAUCCGUUAUUUUAUAGUUGUUUUCAUUUAUUCGUUGUUUUCUUUUGAUUUUUUGACAAUAUUAUUAGUAAUAAAAUUUAGUGUUCAG